AUGUUACCAAAUAACGAAUUUCCACAACGUCCAGAAAUGACAUCCAGUACAUCUUCUACUACUGCAGAAUCAAUACUGGGUGGCAAAUUUGCACCAGCAACAGCCAACACAAACACAUUUUCGUAUCCCAAACAUUCCGUUUAUUGCGACUGUUCUGGAUCUGGUAUUGGAUGCGAGUGUGCCAGAGUCUGCCGCUGUACCGAAGUCUAUGUAGCUCAUUGUGAAUGUGGCAGAGGCUGUCAUUAUGGAUGGGAUCCAUGCAUGCUCGCCUAA